CUACUUCCGGGGUAAAUAAUUCGACUUAAAAGCGCCAAUUCGGCAGCGACGGUCUGUUUGCACUGAUUUCUGUUUCAGGGAAUCUCCACGUCCUGAAUGAGAGCAUUUUCCUAUGUCUGCCUUUAAGUUAAAUUUAUAGAACCGGUAGCCAACAUGGCCAAAAGAACUUCUGCACAACGGGACUUGGAUCCAGUAUUGGAGGAGACCGAGUCGAGUAGUGAAGAGGACGAUGAGGAGGCAUCAGAAUGGGAGUAUAAAGAGGCAACUGAAUCUGAGAGUGAUACAGCAGACAAACCCGAUCUAAAGCGCAGACCUCGAAAAUCUCCCAAGACUGUCGAGCAAGAUGCCCCACAGCAACCUGAGCAGAGACCAGGAGAAAUAUUCAUGUCCAGGAAGGGUCAGAUUGAAUGGUCAUCAUCUCCAAAGAUUGCACAACCUCGCUCUCCCACAAAAUUAAAGAUGAUACCUGGGCCCACAAGGAUGGCGGUGAGCCGUGUCCAUGAUAUAAGAUCAGCAUUCGAACUUUUUUUGCCAGACUCCAUUCAGAAAAUCGUUCGGAAAAUGACCAACAUUGAGGGAAAACGUAUUUUCCGUAAACAAUGGAAAGAGGUAGAUGACACAGAGAUGCUUGCCUACUAUGGGAUCCUUAUCCUCGCAGGUGUCUUCAAAUCAAGAGGAGAGUCAGCUAGCAGUCUGUGGGAUGGUGAGAAAGGAAUACCUUUUUUCAAAGCGGCAAUGUCAUUGGGCAGCUUCUCUAUGUUCUCAAGAGCCAUCAGAUUUGAUGAGUGGGCAACAAGACGUGAGAGACGGCAGAAGGACAAGUUGGCAGAAAUACGAACUGUGUGGGACAAGUGGGUGAAACGACUUCCGCUUAUGUACAAUCCAGGACCCAAUGUGACUGUGGAUGAGCGCCUUAUUGCAUUUAAAGGCCGGUGCCCGUUCAGGCAGUAUAUGCCGUCCAAACCAGCAAAGUACGGCAUAAAAAUCUGGGCUGCAUGUGAUGCUGCUUCCGCCUAUGGAUGGAACAUGCAAAUCUACACAGGGAAGGUAAAGGGUGGAAUCUCUGAGAAAAACCAGGGAAUGCGGGUGGUGCUCGACAUGACACAGGGCCUCAGCGGCCAUAACAUCACGUGUGACAAUUUUUUCACAUCAUAUAACCUGGGACAAGAACUCCUCAAGCGCAACAUGACUAUGGUUGGCACAGUCAGACACAACAAGCCAGAGCUGCCGCCUGAGCUUUUGACUGUGAAGGGCAGGGAAGUGACAUCCUCGCAGUUUGCAUUUACAGCCAAUACUACUCUGGUGUCAUACGUACCACGAAAGGGCAAAAAUGUGAUGCUGAUGAGUACACUGCAUCGAGAGGGACAGAUCAGUGACCGAAAACACAAGAAACCAGAGAUCAUUUUGCAAUAUAAUGCCAGAAAAGGAGGGGUAGACACUUUAAACAUGGUCACUGCCCAUUAUAGCUGCAGGCGGAAGACUUCGCGGUGGCCCCUUGUGGUGUUUUUUGACAUGCUGGAUGUAUCUGCAUACAAUGCUUUCGUGAUCUGGUUGGCAGUAGACCCAUACUGGGAAAAAAGUAGAUGCGGCAAAAGACGGAGACUGUUUCUAGAAGAGCUGGGAAAGGCACUUGUGUUCCCUCACAUCCAAAGAAGACAGAAUCUUCCAAGGUCACCAGCAGCUGCUUUGAUUGCAAGAAAGAUACAAGAGGCGGCCGGUGAGGGUCCACAUGCAGGAUCCAAACUGCAGUUGCCUACGGGUGUAGCAGCUGGUGGACAGAGGAAACGCUGCAAGGAUUGUCCCCCUUCAAAAGAUUUGAAGACGCGUUUCAUGUGCAUCACCUGCGACAAAUUUAUUUGUCUUACGCACGCAGCGAAAAUGUGCAAAGAUUGUGUGUAGUGUGGGAGUAGAUGAAAUAUGAACAUCAAUUAGGAGCCAAAACAUUGACCUCCCCCAUGUGAAGUGAGUAACGUCGACUCUUGUAAAUAUAGUGCACGUCCAACAUAUUAUAAGGCUAGGUGAUGCUCCACUUUUCCACUUACGAUUUCGUGCUAUGGACGGUGGUGCGCACUGAAGCGUCUGUUCAUGCUACACUUGUUGGUGGAUGCAACGGUCCUGGUCAGGUGAUAUUCCACUAGACCAGCUGAGGGCGGAUUGCAACAACCACAAAUAAUGUGGUGAAAAGGAUAAAUUUAUGAACUAGUUUGUAUAGACUUGGGUGGUAUUUGGGCGACGUGGCAUACUGUGGUAUUUUUAUAGUGAAAUCCUUAUUACAAAAUAAGUGCCCCCCCCCCCCCCACUCCACCGUGCAUUUUAUCACCAAGAUAUGAAAUUGACGCCGUACUCUUAAUUUACUUACUUUUUUUUUAGAAAUGGUAUGCUGCUGUAAAAAUUAGAUGCUGGGUAUGUGGAGGUAUCCGUACAACUCCAGUGCUGCUUCUAUGACCUCUACUAUGUAAAAGUUACUGCUGCCAUCUGCUGGAAAUACUUGGUCAAUGAUCUUGAACAUGUGCAGUUGAUGUCCAUGGAUGUGCAUGAUCUCCACUGGACAAAAAAAUACCCCCAGGCUACAUUUACACCAUCCACCGCUCUCCGCUGCAACCCCCGUUGGCGAGAUUUACAUCACCUCACCCUGCGCGAGCCCGAAGUGAGGUGUGAAUUAUCGUUCAGAUGUUAAGGUAAUAUUCAAUACUUGUAGGCUACAUGAUACGUGCACAGGAAAUGGGCAGGAGGUAAAGAUCUGAGUGACUGGCAGGGGCCAAAUCAUUCAGAUGACCGGGUCAGAGCAUCUCUGAAACCGCAAGGCUUGUGAGGUGCUGACGGUCAGCCGUGAUCAAUAUGUACCGACGAUGGUCUGAUGGGGGGGGGAACCAUGAACCACUGACAGGAUAAGCUAGAUGUGAAUGAAGGCUGUCCUGUGUGGUGGUCAUCUCAUGUGAUGUCAUGACAUACGGUGUCCUGAGCCCUGCUGCUUAUGCAGCUACAUCACCAGCGGGUCCCGUUCAGUGGUGGUGAAGAAAUCGUUAAUGAUGCCACAGCAUCGUGUUCUGUCGUAACCUGCCAUGGCAGACAAAUAUGCAAAGUUUCAGGGCAUAAUUGAUUUUGACCAAAAAAAAUGCAACCUUGCAAAGUGUGGUGCUGUGGUUCUUUUUGUCUAUGAUUAAAAACCAUUUAUCCAG